AUGCCCUCCGCCCACACCUGGAGGAAGGAAGGUGUGGAGCUAGCUUUGAGACGCGGCAAUGUGCAGGCCACGCAGAUGCUUGUUCAACCUUCAGGUGACGAGGCCUUCGCUCGCCCCUCGAGAAGAAGAGGCACUCUGGCAGGUACGAGACAGGAUUUGGAGGAUCUGGAGGAGCAGCAGCCCCGAUGGCGUUGGCGGGCAAAGGUGGCGCUGGCCUUCUACACGUUAGCACGUAUCACUGUGAACCUUCCCUUCACGGAGAGAGCAAUCCGGGAGCGGAUUGUUGAGACUGAGACGGAGAUUUAUUAUGAGAGGUCUUCAGAGAAAUGUGUCGAUUUGCAUGUGUUUUGCGAUGAUAUCUGUCGGCCCCUCGUGACUAGCUUUGGGCUCUACAUGUUUGUCCACAGGCUUGACCGGUUCUCCAGGAGCAACCAGCUGCAGCUCAGUUUCAUCACGAUGUGUUGCCUGGCGCUACCCCUGUGCGACGACAGCGUGGAUCACCUGUUGAUCGCCUCUGGGAGGCCCUAUGCAACGUCUUGGAGGUGCGCAUGA